UAGACGCGACAUCGUUCCUCGUCACUUAACACGAAGGAUUUCGCUUUGUAGACAUCGUUAACAGAAGAAUGCGAAACAGACAAACGAUAUGUUGCUUGUGAAAAUAUUUCGAAUCGUCAAAGAUUAUUGGAAAUUAAUAUUUUCCGUAGCUGUACCCCUUUUACUUCUACCAUUAAUAUUAUACGUAGGAACUCAGGAAUCAAAAUGCGCAUUUGUAAUAUUAUGGAUGGCAUUGUAUUUUGUAUUCGAACCCGUACCCAUCCCUGUCACCGCCACGCUUCCAUUGAUACUGUUUCCCAUUUUGGGUAUCCUCAAAUCCUCGGAAGUUGGUCAAAUAUAUUUUGUCGAUACAAAUGUGCUAACAAUAGGUUCUUUAAUCAUGGCUGCAGCUGUGGAAUAUUGCAAUCUGCAUAGAAGAAUAGCGUUGAGAAUUUUAUUAUUAAUUGGAACCAGUAUGAGACUUCUUGUAGCAGGCUUCAUUGUGUCAAGUAUGUUUUUAUCCAUGUGGAUGAUGAAUACAGCGUGUUCUGCCAUGAUGGUUCCCAUAGUCGAUGCCAUCGUAGACGAAUUAGAGAAAGAUUUAAAAGAAAGUGAAACCUCGCCGGAUAAAUUUGAAAUACAAGCAGAUAAUUCUGUUCUGGAGGAAAAUUAUAAUGUUCGAAACGGAAAAUAUUACCUGCUGAGAAAAGCAUUGUUGUUGAGUGUAGCUUAUUCCGCAACCUGUGGAGGAACCGGUACAAUCAUCGGUACGGGUGGAAAUUUGGUACUAGUUGGAAUGUUAGAUACUUACCUCGAUCAUAACCCGAUAACCUUCUCUAAUUGGAUGUAUUAUAACAUACCAGGAAUGAUUCUGUGCGCAAUUGCAGUCUUCAUCGUAUUGCAAUUGGUAGUCGUUGGAUGUCGUAAGAAGGAAAAUGAAGAGGAGAAAUCCGUCAUUAAAAAAGUCAUUAAAAAUAAAUAUCAAGAACUGGGUACUAUCAGCAAUCACGAAGUUACGAUAUUAAUCAUUUAUAUUCUUCUGAUUUUAACAUGGUUUUUUCGAGAUCCAAGAUUUAUCGAUGGAUGGAUCAUUCUCACUUCAGAUAGGAAAAAUAUUUCCAAUACGGUUCCUGUCUUAAUUGCCUGCAUGCUUUUAUUCCUCAUCCCCAUUCAUCCAUGGAAGCGCGGAACUAAGAAACCUUUACUCGACUGGAAAACUGCCGAAAAAAAGGUUCCUCUGGGAUAUAUAUUUUUAUUUGGGAGCGGUUUUGCCAUAGCCGCGGGAACACAAGCAUCUGGACUAUCUAUUUGGAUUGCCAAUAAUCUUUCGUCUUUGAAUGUACUUUCUCCCGUCGUCAUCGUCUUCGUCCUGUGCCUGGUGACUUCCUUCUUCACAGAAAUCAUCAUCAACACUUCCAUGGCCACCAUUCUGCUUCCUAUCGUUUAUAAUGUGGCACUAGCAGUUGACGUGCAUCCACUUUACUUGAUGCUUCCCGUAACCAUAUCCACUUCCUUCGCUUUCAUGCUACCUGUGGGUAACCCUCCUUGCGCCAUCGUCUAUCAGGCUGGAAAUUUAAAAACCUCCGAUCUGGUAAAACCGGGAAUUGUUUUGAAUUUCAUCUGCGUGGGAUUGCAAUUGCUGAUGAUAAACACGUGGGGAGCUUUUAUUUACGAUUUUCAACCUCUGAAAAACGUAAACAGUACAGAAGUAAAUAUUCAAUGAAAAUACAUAAAUUCAAAUUUCUUGCUUAUAUUCGAGACCUUUUUAAUAUAAAAAUUAAAAUUUUCUUUAUACGAAGUUAAGGUAAAAACAGAAAUUUUGUCCUUUAUACCCGAAGAUAAACAUGUACGAUUAAUGGGUAGAAAGUGUUUUAAUCCCCGCCACGUAGUUUAUUAUAAAGUGUAGAACGUUCGGAUCAUUAACAAAUAGUUUGAAUCGUGCUCAGCAGAUGGUGCCAGUGCCGACGACGACAUCCUAGUAGUCGGUGUACGUUGAAACCUACCUGCUGAAUAUUGAACUUAAUUCAUUUAACGUCGUGACAAUUGAUAUAGCCUACCGGUAAAACCGAUACGGUAAACAUCUUUCUUCUACUUCAUACAUUUUUUGGGCUGCAAUUUGAAACUGUCGUCUGUCCGUCUGCCUUUCCUUAAUCCCAACAACGAUGAUAGACAAGUGUAAUUCGAGACCACAUAUGGAAAUCGUAUCAGCGGAUGACCCUGAUUAACUACGUGAGAACUUCGAAGUAAACCGGAAGUCACGUUAUUUCAAUUAAAGACUUUUCCCCUGAAAGGAGUUGAAUAGGUGAUUGGCACGACUACAUUAUUAACUGAAAAGUAUGACGUACAACGAGGGACUAAUUUGAGGUGGAGGGCACAUAUUUUAAAUUAAAAAAAUUAAAAACUGCAGCACGGCAUUGUAGCCGUGUCACAAUAAAUAAUUCCUCGUUUAAAUUAUGAAUGCCUAACGUUUGACACUUUGAAAUCCCCACUUAUUAUUUAUGGGAAUUUCUUUGUAAUGUAAGUAGAGAGUAUUGUUGAAUUGUUCAGAUUCCCUAGAUUUUUCACCUUCCUUCCGCGAAAGAAGCUCGAUGUUUGAUGAAAGGCACUUAGUUUUCAGUCGGAAACGUCCGCAAACUGCAUAAACCUCCCGCUACGUAAAUCUUUAUGAUUUUAGACAGUCCAGCCUAAACGAAAUGACUUUUAUCCCUUUCUGUUUGCUCGGUUUAAGUA